GGACCGCCAACGUUGACUUGGAGCGCGUCGAAGGUGGGCGGACUGAUCAUGAAUUUUGAUGGAAAUGAGGAAGACGGAAUAUGAGAAUCUUGAUAUGUGUUAUCGAUCACAGGCAUGUUCGUCUAAAUGAUAACGUUACAGUACGGAGCAGGUCCUAACAAGAUAACUCCUCCCUCCCACUUUCCACACAUUUUUGCUUAUCGGUGCAAAUUAUUAGCUCACGAUUAACUUUUUUCACAGUACCAACAUCAAUUCCAUCACCCAUACAGUGCCAUACUCAACCCUGCAUCAGGCACAACAUCCGCCUAAUCCCUCCCAACCUCUUCCUACUGGUCAAUGCGGCACUUCUCCCAGCGUCAAAGGUCUUUAGAGUUCUCAUACAUAAAGCCAUAGAUGAAAUGAAUGGCUUCCCCACAAAAAUACGAUGAUGUGCGCAUGAAAUAUGGAGUGCAUGGAUGCCAUGUGGUCUGUAGGAAUAAUCAUAAUCUUCCUUAUUUUUUAUUAUGUGAUGGGGAAGGAAGAGUUCAAGGAACAGUUGAUGUAAAGUGGUUGAUGAGCCUCGUUGAGGUCUUUAUGUAUUGGGCGUUUCUCCUUGUUUUUGUUCUCAUUCUUGUUCUUGGUACCGAUAGUUUACGGCCAAUCUUUCCUUCUAGUCAUUCUUUAAUCGUCUCAUUUUACAUUUGUUACUUACUUGGCAUUAUUGAAUGACCUGCGUGUUUGUCGUUCUUUUUGCUGUUGGAUUAUUAUUGGAUUGUAGAGAGUGAUCUGAAUACACAUUCUUUACUUAUAUACUUACAUUCGUUUACGUCUCUCGAGAAUCAUUCUUUAAAUUUCAAGUUGGAAAUCAUCCAAACCAAUUAUUUCACCAUCGCUACCAAAAAUGUCUUCAUCAACCACUUCCUACAAUCCGACCUCAAAUACUCCUUGCACGCCUAAGAAUAAAACACUCACUCGCUCCUCCUCAACUCCCUCUACAACCUCAACAUCAGCAAGCACCUCAACACACAUUCAUCAAUUCAGCCCCAAACCACUAACACUCAUGCGCUCUCUUUCCGCAUCCUCCACAUCAUCUACAUCGUCAUUUCAAUCACGAACCUCACAGCCUUCAUCACCAUUCCUCGAACCUCCUUUCAGAUAUGAGUCUCGUCAUCCUAGCGAAUUGACCUAUAGAAGAAUGUCAGAUAGUCCCAAACCUCAUUAUUUCUACGAACGACCUGGAUUUUUUAUUCCAAAGAGAUUAGCGCCUAAAGCGCCAGGUUCGCCGAGGGCGAAGGUCCUUUUUAUUGACGGUGUGGAUGUUGAGGACGAGGAAGAUGAUUGAGAUAAGAUGGGUAGAUUGUUACGAGGGCGUUGUAGCAAAUAGGAAUGCCAUAGUGAUAUAAGGCGAUAGAGUAAGGAUGAGGACAAUACCAUACUUAACCGGCGAGGAAGGUUUUGACUGUGGAAUUGCAAGUUCGAUCUGCACUUCUACAUAUGAUGUAGGAGUAUACGGAAUAUCAUCAGAGGAAAGAAUUCAAUCGAUUGUAAAGCACCUUCAUACUUAGGCUCGGGUUGAUUCUUACUACGUCAGAAAGCAAUGGAAAAAAGUCUGGUUUUGGGCGUUAUCAUUCGUUUAUACCCUAUUGUAUCACUCUUCAGUUUAUACAUAACACUCCUUGUAUAUGCAUGGACAUAUUUUCUCGUAUUGCCUCUCGUUCGAAGCGGCAGUACUUUUUAAAAAAUAUAUAUUACACAUUCAUUUCUCAAUAACUGUCUUCUUUAAUGUGCAUGUGAAAU